GUUUUAUAAUCGCUUAAAAUUCAUCUACGAACGCGUGGAGACACCGCCUUGGGAAUUUUGCAAUCUCAAAGCCCCGACCGAGUCUAUCGAGAAGAAAAGAAUACCGGCCUCCUCUUCCUCCCACAUUUCUCAGACAUUUUCAGCUUUACCGAUUACACCGAUGGCGUUGGAGUGGGUCGUGCUGGGCUACGCCGCUGGAGCGGAGGCGAUCAUGCUGCUUCUGCUAACCCUCCCGGGGCUGGACGCGCUGCGCAAUGGCCUUAUCGCUGUCACCCGAAAUCUACUCAAGCCCUUCUUGUCAAUCGUCCCGUUUUGCCUCUUCCUGUUGCUUGACAUAUACUGGAAGUACGAGACCCGCCCCCAUUGUGAAUCUGAUUCCUGCUCCCCGUCGGAGCACCUCCGCCACCAGAAAUCCAUAAUAAAGUCCCAGCGCAACGCUCUCCUCAUUGCCUCUGCCCUAAUUUUCUAUUGGCUCCUCUAUUCUGUCACCAGACUCGUGGUCCGCAUUGAUCAGCUCAACAAAGGCAUCCAGAAGUUGAAGAACCAAGACUGAUCGAUAGAUUUGAUGGUGCGAUGGGUCAGUUUCACUCCUUUCAGAUCAGAUCGGCUUACUUCAUCGUUCAUAUUUGCUAUACGGAAUAUUUAUCUGUCUUAGUUUAAUUUCUUAUGUUUUUCCUUGUGUAAUCACGUGUCACCUGUUUUGUCACUUACGAUGAUGCUACUUUGUUGCUCCCUAAAUCUAACGACUACAGAGGAUAGUUUUCUAUGUUAAUUUGUUGUUUCUGGUCUUUGCAUUUGGAGAAAAUCCUCAGUAUAUGAGUGAAAUAUAACUUAAUUUCUCAAAUAGGAGUGUCGUUGCUCUUUCCGG